UUCAUUUCUAGAUCUAUAAAUGGACUAGUUUUGUUAUUCUCAAGAACCCAUCACUUCAACUAAGAAUCCAUCUUUUAUAUUUCUCAUUUUUCUAGCAUAAUUGGGAUUGUGGGAUUAAAUAAUGGGGAAUCAGUGGGGUUUGGGGCUCCAAUUUAUUAUUGUAACUAUUAUUAUGGUUGCAACCAGAGUGUUUGGGGGCUCGCAAUAUAAAUAGCACAGUGGCUUGUAUUGAGCAUGAGCGGCUUGCUCUUCUCAAAUUCAAACACAGUGUGAGAGAUUAUGGUGAUAUGUUGUCAUCAUGGGUUGGCAAUGACUGUUGCAGCUGGGAAAGAGUCAUGUGUGAUGGUGUCACUAGAAAUGUUGUAAGUCUUCAUCUUAGACCUGAUGGUCUUUAUUCAUUACAAAGUAAAGAGUUAAGCCAUUCUUUAGGAGAAGUGAGGCAUCUGAAGUAUUUGGACUUGAGUUUCAAUUAUUUUCAAGAAAGCCAGAUCCCUGAGUUCAUUGGAUCCUUGAAAGAGCUGACUUACCUCAAUCUCUCGUAUUCUGCCUUUUCUGGUAUUAUUCCUCAUCACAUUGGAAAUCUUUCCAACUUAAAGAUCCUUGAUCUUAGUUCAGACAAAUAUUCCAAAAGGUUGAUCGCUCAUGAUAUGAAUUGGAUUUCUGGUCUUUCGUCACUCGAGCAUAUUGACUUGAGUAAUGUGAAUCUUAAUGGAGUAAAAAAUCUUGAUAUUGUGCUUUACAAGAUUCCUUCUUUAUUACAGCUUCGUUUAAAAAACUGUAACCUCACAAUGACACACAUAUUUCAUACUCCCCAUAAAUUCACUACCCUUUCUAACCUCCAAUACAUAGAUCUAUCUAACAACAAGUUAAUGGGUCCCAUUCCGACAUUCCCAAUGAAACUCACUGAACUUGACCUGUCACAUAACAAGUUAACGGGUCCUAUUCCCAUAUUCAUUGGGAAGCUUACGAAACUUGAUCUUUCUUAUAAUCAUUUGAACGGUUCAAUUCCAGAAUCCUUUGGAAGAUCAAGAUUAUUACAAGUAUUAAAUGUCGCUCAUAACAAGUUGACGGGUCCCAUUCCUACAUUCAGUGGAAACCUUACAAAACUUGAUCUUUCUUAUAAUCAUUUGAACGGUUCAAUUCCAGAAUCCUUUGGAAGACUUGUUUCAUUACGUUCAUUUUCAGUGUCUUCAAACUCCUUAAGUGGGACUAUUCCGAUUUCAAUUGGGCAACUCUCUAAACUCCAUUCUUUUGACGUCUCUCAUAAUUCUUUGGAAGGAGUAGUUUAUGAAGCUCAUUUUUCUAACCUUUCGAUGUUGAAGCACUUGAAUGCAGCUUCCAACACUAAGUUAACAUUCAAUGUUUCACUUGAGUGGCUGCCCCCAUUCCAAUUGAUUAGUGUUGAUCUGACUUCCUGCAAGAUCACAAAUGGAUUUCCACAAUGGCUUCGAAACCAGAUCAAACUUAUCAGUUUAGUGUUGUCUAAUGCAACCAUUUCAGGACCUCUUCCUACAUGGUUGCGAAAGAUGCCCAUCAUUCCUUUCAUAAAUCUAUCUCACAACAGCCUUAGCGGGCCUUUGACUAACCUUCCUAUUGGGGGAACUUAUGAUGGCGAAGAACUUAGGGGGUUGUUUUUGCAGAAUAACCUUUUCAAUGAGUCAAUUCCAACGGAGUUGUGCAACAGGACAGAUUUGGAAUAUCUUAAUCUUUCUUGGAAUAGGUUAACUGGGAAAAUUCCAAACUGUCUUCAAAAUCUGCAAAACUUGAAAGUCAUGAUGCUAAGCUCAAAUAGGCUGAGUGGUAGCAUUCCAAGUUUUAUACAAAUGUUACCAUUGGUAUUGUUAAACUUGAAUGACAAUAACUUUAGUGGUGAAUUUCCUAAAGGACUGUUGGAUUUCUCUGAGUUAGGCAUCUUGGACUUGGGUAAUAAUGCGUUAUGUGGAAAAAUACCUGAAUGGAUUCCAGGUACAGAAUUGGUGAUUUUCAGGUUACACGGAAACAACUUCACAGGUGGAAUUCCUAGAUCUCUAUGCAAAAAUUUAAAGCUUCAAAUUUUGGAUGUUGCGCACAACAACUUCAUAGGAAACAUCCCUCAUUGUCUAGGAGAAUUGUUUAACAAGGCUCACUCUCUUGAUGAUUAUGGACCUGAAUCAUCUGAAGAGACAUUGCUUCAGGUAUUGAAUGGCAUUCCUCUUGAAUUUACGAAAACCUUGCAAUUUUUCAUUAACAUGGACCUAUCAAGCAAUAAACUUGUUGGAGAAAUACCUGUAGAGUUAACUGCACUUCAGGAAUUGGUGGGUCUCAAUUUGUCCAAUAAUCAUCUUGGUGGAGGCAUUCCAGACAACAUUGGAAACAUGACCGCAUUAAGUUCUCUGGAUCUCUCAGGAAACAAGCUGAACGGGUCGAUACCAUCAAGCAUUGCAGCUUUGACUUUUUUGAGCCACUUGAAUUUAUCGAAUAACAACUUGUCGGGGCAAAUCCCAACAGGAAAUCAACUGCAAACCCUCAUUGAUCCAUCAAUAUAUGCGGGGAACAAAGACCUAUGUGGAGCUCCAUUGCACCUAUGUGGACCUCCAUUUCCUAAUAACUAUUCCAAUCAUGAAAAGCCAGCCUUUACACUCAAGAACAAAUAUGAAGUAGCUGGUGAGCCCAACAAGGUAUGGUUUUAUGUGGACAUAAUGUUUGGUUUUGCAACAGGGUUUUGGGGUGUUAUUGUGCUUUUGAUGUUGAAGAAGCAGUGGAGACAUAAGCUUUUCAUGUUUGCUGAGGGGAUCAUGUACAAGAUACACGUUGCCGUCGUGGUUAGAGUUAACAAGAUGAAGAGAGGAAGAGAAGCUUUAUAG